GGGAUUUGAACUUACGAACUUCAGAUCCAAGUCCAAUGCCAUAACCAAUAAUCUACCACUUCUAUACAUAAUAUGGUUGAAGGUUUGGCCUUCACACCCAUCUUUUGGUUCUUUCCUAAAAUAUUACUACAAAAUUUUAAAAAUAUAAUUUUUAGAAUUACAGCUUGCAAAGUUGUAUUUUUUUAGCUUGCCAACUUCUGUUCCAGCAUAGCAAUGCCCAUGUGCACAAAGUGGGAUCCACGGAGAUGAUGUGUGUUAAUAAUGAAAGAGAAAGAAAGAGGCUUUUUCUUGUCACAUACAUUACUGCAUAUUAAAAUUCUUUCUUUGUGUAUCCCAGAUUGUUAGGAAGCUGAAGUCAGAGUGCAGGGUCUCCCAUGAUUGAGCAACCCUGGAGCAGAGCGGGCUAGGGGCCUUGUUCAAGGGCCCACCAGUUAAAAAUAAAAAUCCUGCACAGAGCCUUGACAUCAACCAGACUUAAACUCGUUUGCGAUGAAUUGGAAUGUUGUGUAAACACCAGACCUUAGUGGCUGACAUAAACUCUAAAUGAACACAAAUCUAGAGGAAAAUCCAGACUCAAAGCAAAUAGGAGUGUAAAUAACAGGUCUCGACUAUGAACGACGUAACAGUGGUGGGUCUUAAGGGAUUUGUUCACUCGCCGACGUCCAGUCACAUCAGCAUCUGCUGCAAAACUGCACAAGCUCAAAUAUAAUUUGUGUGAAUUUAACAAUCUUUUUCAUUCCACAAUGGAUGACCAAGAAGAAGAAAUUGAUUUGGCUGCAGAUAUUUACAAGGACAUUUACAAGGCAGACUUUUUUUUUUUUAAUAAAAAGCAGGAGAUGAUGUUUGUGGGUCGUGCAGCUGUGGCUGCAGUGAAAGGAGACUUGUUGAAUUGUGUUCAUUCGGUUUUUUGCAUUAGUAAUGGCACUCAUUUUUAUUGUAUGAGAUUCCUGUCUGUGAUGCUGAAACGGCGUUUCUCUAUAAUAUUGACUGUUUCUAUAGCCGUGAUUGUAUUAAGAGGUAGAUUGUGUGUAUGUGUAGUCCAGUUGAACAGAUCUCUCAGGCGAUAUAACAGAUCGAACACGUUUUGUCUCAGGCAGCUGCGUCUGACUCUGAUGCGUCUCCCGGUUGCACUGCAUGCUGGGUAACGUAGUUUCUCAGCCGCCUCGAAAAUGGUGGACGUUCAGCCUCCGCCUUUCCGGAGCCUUGAUGAUUUUUUGUUCAAUUCGGCCCGCUUCUCCGUGCCAGAUGUCCGCAAUUUAGAGAGGUGGAACAACCGGAUCAUUAACAACCUGCUGUAUUACCAGAGCAACUAUUUAGCCUCGGCGGUGGCGUUCCUGCUGGCGGUCGGGUAUUUCUGGCCCUUUCAGCUCUUACUUGGAGCGGCUGUGGUGAUCUCUGUGUUUCUGGGCUUCGUCUGGGCUGCGGAGAACAAGGCCACAGUGAGACGUUUCCGGAGAAACCAUCCUUCCCUCUGUUUGAUUGCCAUUUUGGGCUCUUGCUACUGUCUGCUUUCCUUUUUAGGAGGGGUGUCCGUCUUUCUCUUCGGCAUCACCUUCCCCAUUUUAAUGAUUCUGAUCCAUGCGUCAACAAGGCUACGAAGUUUAAAGAAUAAAGUGGAGAACAAGCUGGAGAGCAUUGGGCUGAAGAGAACACCUAUGGGUCUGCUGCUGACAGCACUCGGCCAAGAGCAAGAAGCCGGCUCGUAGUGAUCGUUCUUUCCCUAAAACAACCUUCCUUUAAUUCCUAAACACUACAAGCAGUAUGGUUUUACUUUUGUGCCAUUGUUUCUAUUCACAAACACCAAUGUCUUAUGGGAAGGAAAAUGUGUAUAUGUAUUGUUGAGUGUUUGCAUCCCCUAUGGUGUAUAAUGGGAAAAAAUAAGGCCAAAAUGUAAUCCAAUUUUUUUUUGCACUUUUUUUUGUGACUUGUUUUACGAUGAAGGAGUAUCUAUAAAUUGAAACACUUUAAAUUUUUAUUAUAAAAUCAAUUCUGUCAUUUCUUAUUUUAAACUACAAGUUUUUCCACUCAACUGUUUUAAAUACAGUAUACUAUAAUUAAAUGAACAUCUAUAGUGUCCACACCUGCUUUUAAUUCCUAAGGCUUAUGCAUUGAAUCGGCCUUCUUUUUUUUUUUUUUUUACUUUUGAAUUAUUUCUGCUCUUGUUGCACAUAUACGUAUUAGUGCAUUACCUUUCUACAUUUGUGCCAAUUGAGUAACAAGGGCCUCGUUGAUUAUUUUCACAAGUUGUUAGUGACCAAUGCUCUAAACGUUCUUAUAUUUACAGCAUUCCGGCACUUAAACUAUUUCUAAGCUGUUUGUCGAAUUUAUUAUAUUAAGUUGCUGGAAAAUAUGGCAGUGAGAGAUUCCUGCAAAUUACAAAUAUUUGGAUAGUUUAAGUUGUCCAAGUGUUCAACACCUUCACCCAAGUGUUAUGUUUGCAUUAUUUCUUGCUUUGUGCUUUGUUUUUUCAAUAAAAUCGGAAAUGUUUUUUUAACAUCAAUUCA